UGAGAACAAAGUAAAUGAGAGAAAUCUCUAAAUUCCGUCGUGCAGCGCCAUUAAAGCGCGUUAAAAUAUCUAAAAUCUACGAUUAUUAGUGAUUUUUUAAUUAAAUAAAAACUUUUAAAUAGACAAUUAACUAAUAGUCUUACUAACUAAUAUGAAUUUAAUUAGAAAUCAGUUGAAUUUAUAGGAAAAAACCGAAAUUGAAUUUACAAAACUGGUCGUCGGCUGCAAAACACGACAAAAAAAAGUGGACAGAAAAAACUCAAUCGAAUGUACGUUGUCGUUUUCGGAUAGCUGCUGGUCUUUUUAAAUAAGUAGUUGCCACAGGAGGUGGCAAGAGAAUUGUGUGUGAAAGAAAGAAAAAAGUUAAAUAAAAUUUAAAAGUAUUUAUAUGUGAAAAAAACGGGGAAGAAGGUAAAGAAAUCGAGAAAAUUGCAUAAAUUGAAAUUCAGGAAAAUCGAAAAAUAGUAUGUAUUUUCAAAAAUUUAUAUCGGUUGAAAAUAGAAUGCUAUUGUGUAAAUGUGUUUGAAAAUUGCGGAUAAAACGAAAACGAAAAAAAAUGUUAACGAAAAUUGAAAAUCAUUGAUUGUUGGGUUCUUUUUCGGUUUUUUUCUUUUUUUUUUGGUUAAUAGUGUGUAUACAACAAAAUCCUCCUUUUAGUGAAUAGCUCAAGAAAUAUUAAAUUAUUUCGUAAAGAAUUUAACUGAAGCUAAAAAUAUAUUUAAAAAAAAAAAUGAAUUUAUAAGUUUAAAUGAAAAGAAACGUAAGAAAAUGCCAGCUAAAAGAGAAAAUUCAAGAUAAAUGUAUAAGAAAACACAUAAUUCAUAAGAAAAGUCAAUAAUAAGAAAAUAUAUAUUAAAAAUAUAUGUGAAAAAGAAGAGCUAAAGCAACAACAAGAAAAAAGCAAAAAUAUAUAUUGAAAAAGUAACAGAGAAUAACGUAAGCGUUCUCAUUCAAGCAGAGCUGUCAUCACAUAACCUCAAUACAAUACCACCACUACGUUUACUACUACUACAACAACUACUAUAGGACUGUGUAAAAGAGCGCGCUUAAUUGUACAUUAUUUACGCUGUUAACGUUUAAUGACGUCAACGUCGACGUUGCCGUUAACAUUUGUUCAUUCUUUCUCUGGUUAAAUAAUUGAAAGCGAAAUAACAAAAAAUAUACUCAUAAAAUAAUGAAACAAAAAUUAAAGUGAAAUAAAAUAAAUUAAAGAAGAAUAUAAAGGCAAAUAGUGGAAAUUAAUAAAAAAAAAACAAGCUAGCUAGCUGGCUGACUGGCAAGGCAGCAGCGAGUGUUCGUUCGUGUAAUGAAAAAAAAUGUUAUUGUGUGUAUGUGUUUGUUUAUAUAGCUCUGCAUGUGUAAAUAUGUGUAUUAAAAAUAAAGAAAUAUAAACAUAAUAAAAAAAAAUAUAGUAUGUACAACAACAAACCAAACGGCAACUAAUAAUAAAUAACAAAUAAAACAGCAGCAGCAACAACAACAACAUUAACAUCAAUAAAAUAGAAAAGAGAAAAGCAGAAGAAAAUAAAGUAAAGAAGGUAGAAAGAAAUUAAAAAAAUCAUAUAAACGAAAUUAAGCCAAAUGCAGAAUAAGAAAAAGAAAUCAACAGAGCAACAAAAUGGAUACAAAAACUACACAAUUGGAUUUUAAAAUACUGGUGGAUCAAACUCUAACUUGUCUGGAGAAGUUUGAUGCAGUAUCUCGUUGCGAUGCUUUACACUAUUUGCUAAGGAAUCUCAAAUUUAAAUAUCCCGAGGCGUGUGAACAAGUCAUACCUAGUAUUUUUCCCCAAACGUCGCUUGCGGACAACAAGAAACAAUUGCAAUUGUUGCUGGCCACCAAAAAGGAGGAAUGUAUUAAGAACGAAGAUGAAAAUGCUUCAUCGACUGAUUUGAAUCAAAAUUUCGAAAAAAUCCUCUGUAAAGAGGAGUUUAUGUGCGUGGAUGAAGACGAUAAUGCCUAUGCCGAUGAUGCUGAUAAUGAGAAUUCAUCUUCGCUGAGUAAACGAGUUCGUUACGCAGGCAUAAAUGUUUCGAGGGGCACAAUUAGAACAGCGGCCGGAUCUACGUCUGUAGUACAGCAGACGGUUGGUGAUCCAUUGGACUUGAUACCCUCAUCGGUUAUACACGCCCGACGUCUUGGAAGAAUAGCAACAGCCGAUGCUGAUGGUGAUGAAAGUAAUAGCUUAGAUGCGCUAGGACCAGAAAAUUCGCUAAAACGAUCACGUAGACGUGCUUUUGGUCAUAAUUCAGCAGGUCGUAGUUCUUUUGGCAAAUUAAAUCUUCAGUCAUCACGCUUGUUGUUGGGUGAAAAACUUCAACGUGUUUCUCAUUUAGGAGAAGGUUACGUCUUUCAUGCGGACACCGAGUUUACGGUACGUUUUCAUUAUAGUUCACACGAUCUGAGUAUACGUGUGUACAAAGAACAAUUUCGUUUAUAUUUGAAAUCGGCUUUGAGACGUCACGACAAAGAAUUCUUAAAAGAAUUUCAACGUGAGUUCGUUUUUAACGGACGUCUGUUGGGCACAACACCGCCCAAACAUGUUUUGGAAAAGCUGAGAGCCGAACGUUUGGAAGAAUGGCAGCAGCAAAAGAUACGUAAACAGCAACAGUUGCAGGAGCAAAAAUUACAAUUGCAACAACAACAGCAGCAACAUCAUCAAAUGAUGUUAAUGCAACAGAGAAGACGUAUGAUGGCCGGUUCAUUGCAUAACACAAUGUCAGCGUCUGGCAAUGCCUAUGAUUCCGAAAUGGAAUUCGAAUUAGAAACUGAAUCUCAAUUGUCCUCAGCAUCGCAAGAGAUUAUGAAAUUUGAAGAAGUUCUUGAUGAGGGUGUGGGACCCGGACGUCUGAUUGAUGGUCUUGUUAUGGAACCCGAAAUGGAUGAUGUAAUCGGUGGUGGCAGUGGUGCUAGUGUGAGUGGAGGUAGCGGUAGUAGUAAUAGUUCGGGUGGCAAUGGUCUAGAUACCUUGCCCAAUGAUUUAGCCACCAACGACAGCUCGUCAACAUUUGCUGGCAAUAGUUCUGCCGGGGCAGUAGGAGGACCAACAUUUAAAAAUCAUUUAGCGCAACAACAGCAUGGACCUAACAACGCGCUUAUGAUGAAUGGUCUUACACCAUCGAUGGCAAACAAUAUUAUUCCUAAUAACAUCAAUCAACAACAACAGCAACAGGAUGUAAAUCCACAACAAUUACAGGCUACAGCCCAAGGUAAUAGCCUACCGAAUAUGGCUUCCAAGGAGCAUCAACAACAUCCACAACAUCAGCUACACUAUCACCCACAAAUUAUUUCGAAUCAACAAUUGCAACAACCCCAUAAUCAUAAGGUGGGUUUGUUAAGUGAUAAACAACAACCUCAUCAUGUAAAUAGUCUAAUGAAUAAUAUGGGACAACCGCCUAUACAACAACAACAGCCACACUUCCAACAUCAGGCUCAACAGCAACAACGUUUUAUGAUGCAACAGCAGCAGCAGCAACCACAGCAAAAUCACUACAAUUCCCAUAUGCAGCCACAAAAUCAUCCAUUAGCCAUGAUCGGAGGCAUGAUGGAAACGGCCAACCAACAACAUCAGCAGCAAAUGCAAGUACAACGUAUGCAACUUAAUGCUUCCAAUAACAUGAUUAAUAGCAUCGAUAAUAUACUGGGUGGUGCAGCAACAACACAAAAUAAACUGACACCUCCUCCUCCGUCUCACGCUAACACGGAAAAUUUGCAAUAUAUGCAGCAACAGCAAUUGCCUCCUCAUAUGCAAAACUUGCCACCUCAGCAGCAGCAACAUAUUUUAAUGCAACAACAGCAGCAAACCCUCUUAAGCGGUGCAAAUCUUACACCCUCAACUACGCCAACAUCUAGCAUGGGCUUAAUGCCAAAUGCAUCUACUACUCCUACUGGCAACUCUUCGGCAAACGCCUCCUUCGAACAUGAUGAUGAAGGCCUGUCCCAUGAUGAAGACGAUGAAGAUCAUGAAAACGAUACAAAUGACGGCAUGGAACCCAAGCAACAGCUAAUAGAUGGUGGAAGUAGUAGCAGCACCUCGUUACAGGCACCAUCCGGUGCCGGAAAUGCCAGUGCGCCUGGAACGAAAAAGGAGAAGCCCAGUUAUAAUUGUCUACUGUGUCCCAAGUCAUAUCGUAAACGAAAAUCACUACUGGAUCAUUAUAAAAUACAUCCGGGCUAUUGUCAUGAUUGUGGCAAACCUAAUGGUACCUCAUUGGAGGAAAUUAUCCAUCACAAUCGGACAGUACAUGCUAAGGAAUUUCCAUUUGUUUGCGAAACGUGUGGUGAAUCCUAUUCACGGCGUCAACAAUUUCAUGCCCAUGUUGAAUCUCACAACAAGAAGGAAUUCAAAACAUAUUCCUGUAUUGAGUGUGGCCAAAAGUUCCCCCACAAGAAACUACAUCAACAACAUUUGGAUGAUACUGGUCACAAGGCUGAUGGUGCUAUUUGUGAAGUCUGUGGUGAUGAGUUCCCAUCCAAGAAUGCCUUGUAUCAGCAUAUCAUACGUGUUCACAAAAAGGACAACUUUUUCGAGUGUCACAUUUGCCAGAAUCGCUUUACCCUAAAGGCGAAUUUGGAACGACACGUACAAUUGCACACAGAAAUUAAGCGAACAUAUGUUUGUGAUUUAUGCGGUUCUUCCUAUUUUACAUAUCCAGCUUUAAAAGACCAUUACAGUAAUGCUCAUACAGAUGCUUCGGAAUGCAAGUGCACGUUGUGUGGCAAACGUUUUGGUUCGGUAAAAUCACUGCAACGUCAUUUGCCAUCGCAUUCGGAGGAAAGGCCACACUGUUGUUGUUAUUGUGAUCAGACAUUCAAAUGGAAAACACAUCUUGUUCGUCACAAACAAACGGUACAUGGCAAUCAACCGUCGCCUAAAAAAGUUAAACGCUUCUCAAAAGAAGGAGAUGAAUUAGUCCCAGUAGCUGAUGAGCCUGGACCACCGCCAGCAAAAGUUGCUAAAAAAUCGAAUGCUAGUAAACCAAAACAGCAAGCGAAUCCAACGCCACCAAUCCAGCAGCAGCAACAGCAAAAAAUGGGUGCUAUAGCUACACCACCACCACUAUCAACUACGCCGGGAACUUCUUCAUCAUCACAACAAGAUCCCUUCAAUGCUGCCAUUAUAUCGAACAAUAGUUCACAGUCUUCAACAGCCUCUACAUCACAGCACUCACUGCAGUCAAGUGAAUCCCAACCGAAUUCCAUGUACAGUCAAAAUUUCAGUGCUGAAAAGUUGUUGGGACAACAUACUCAACAACAGCAGCAACCACAACAACAACAACAGAUUCUAACUGCACAUAAUGCACAACCGCAGUCACACCCGCUUCCACAGCAGCAGCAACAGCAGCAAAGACCAACACCACCUCCCCAUUCUCAUCCCCCACAACAACAACAGCAGCCACCACAACAACAACCACCACCACCACCACAACAACAGCAACCACAAGCGCAUCAUCGUCACACACCCAAUAGUCAUACACCCGAUAAUAAUUUGCCACGUAUCAACAGUUUCGGUGGUGGGGGACCCUCUCAGCCUGAGACACAAUUUCAUUUUGAGCAAAGUGCCGCUGGCGGCCAAACUUCUAAUAUAACAAAUCCAGGUGCUUAUCCACAACAUCAAAUUAUCAAUCAGUAUCAGCAGCAACAUCUUCAGCAACAGCAAUUGCAACAAGCUGCUCAGCAGCAACAUAUGCGUAGUCAUACUCCACAAAGUCCACAUCAUCAUGUGCAGCAUCAACAACAUUUUCCAUCACCGCAUCAGCAACACAUGCAAAGUGCUGCUCAGCAUCAACAGCAACUACAUCACCAUCAGCAAAUGAUGCAUCAACAGCAAUUGCAACAGCAGCAACAACAGCAACAACACCAGCAACAACAGCCCCAUCAGAGGCAACACAAUCAACAACGUUCGCCACAUCCACAUCAGACACCAGCGCAACAAUUGCAACAGCAGCACCAACAACCCAUGCAUUCGCCACAGCAUGUACGUUUGCAAUCACCAGCUCCCCAAUCUCACACCCCCCAACCUCAUACACCGCAACCACAACAACCAACCACACCACAGCAACAGCAGCAACAACCUCAACAACAGCAACCACCCUCAGUUGCUGCAAAUCAUCAACAGCAAUAUACAACAGAUGCUUGGGGUAAUAUUAAUUUUGUUGGACAUCCCUCAAAUGCCAGUAGUCAUCAACAGCAGCAACAACAGCAACAGCAACAAAAUAAUACAACCAAUUUGCCAGGUGAUAAAGAUAAUCCCAACAAAUUCUAUAUAGUUGAUUCUUCGGAGUUUCUGGGUCUUCCAAUGAAUGUCGCUGGCGGCAAUACACCAGGUGUGUCAGAAACCAACAAUCAGUUAUCUAAUGCUCAGCAACAACAACAACAGCAGCAGCAGCAACAACAAACACCAAUGGUUGCUAAUAAACCUCCACAACAACAGCAGCAGCAACAACAACAGGAGCCAAAUAUUGGCGGUGACCUAAUGAGUUUUCAGAACAUGUGGCCACAAACAAAUCAGCCGAAUAAUCAAAUGGCCUACAAUGCAAAUGGUGCCCAACAGCAACAACAGCAGCAGCAGCAACAACAACAGCAGCCUCAAACACAACAACAAGGUGCUGCGCAACAACCUACAGCCGCUGCGGCAAGUGUUACGGCCGCAGAUCCUCACAAUUACAACAAUAUUGGCAGUAUUUUAACGAAUCUCAUUGAUAAUAAUCCGAAUCCAAUGGAAUAUAACUUCGAAUUAAUGCAACAGCAACAACAACAGGGAUCUGGUGGCAGUGGCUCUUCAACACCAGUUAGUGCCCAACAACCACAACAACAAUCUCAACAAACACCACUUGGUGUUCAACAUCACCAACAGCAGCAGCAGCAACAACACCAACCUUCAGCCGCAGCUGCGGCCGCAUAUGGUUUACAACCCACACCUGGAGCUAGUGGCCUAAUACGUCAUGGCGGUGUUUAUGGAGCUCCUUCUUCUCUAUACGAUCCUCACCAUCAUCCGGCUCAUCAUCCUUCCAGUUUGGCCGAAAUGAGUGAACAACAAAAGAACAGUUUUCAACCCUACCAUCCUCAUGCGGGACUACAGCCACAUGCUCAUGCCUUAGGUGGCCAUCCAUUAGCCCCUACCGCUCAUCAUCCGUUGGCGGCUGCUUCUCAUCUUUUACCCCCACCUCCACCACAUGCCGGACAUCAUGUAUACGAUCGAGGUGGUUAUCCUGUGUUGGGCGGCGGAGUUGAUGAAGCUAAAGCCGUUCUACCUCCUAUAAGCGAUUACAUGCAUCACAUGCAGCAGCAACAUGUCCAACAGCCCGAUUUAUUGUACUACCCUGUGAAAAACGACUGA